AUGGCCGACCAUCCACCGCCGCCACCUUCACGGGGCCUGUUCUCGUUGUACGAUAACCUCAAAGACCCAAACGACUCCAGCUCGUCGACGACGAUAUCUGCUGCGCCCGUGGUGUAUAAUCAAGGUAAAGGGAAGGAAUCGAAGAAGCCUACCGACGCAGCGUUGCUCUUUCAGCCUCAAAUUCGCCGCCCAGCGCCCAAGCAAGUUAAGCCGAAGACGACGUUCCCAAAAAUUAUCCGAACGUCGACGAAUGCGUCAAAUGCUGCUUCGACAGCAGUUACAACCACCACGAAAACAUCCCUUGCAGAUUGGGCAGCGACAGAGGAGGAUGAUUGGAUGUAUGGGGCGGGCGAGAAACGUGCUCGAGGCGGACGCAAAAUCAGAAAGAAGAGACAACGCGAGGCCGAGUUUCAAGAAACGAAUUGGGAUGAAUUCUACGAUCUAGUCAAGACAACAAUCGUGGAUGACUUCGCCAAGAGUGACGAAAAAGUGCGCGAGGUGCUCGACUGGAAGGACCUCCUCUACCGCCGCGCCCAAAGGAAACGUGGUCACAGCGAGCUUUCAAGUGACGACGAGGAUGACUCCGGGCCAGUAUCUAAUCAAUUUGCCCCUCCACCAGCUCAGUUCGCACCGCCGCCUCGGUCACCUCCGAACAAACAGCCGGGCAACCAGAGCAGGCGUGGUGACUUUGCGGAUCGAGCAGAGACACUCUUGGGCCGACGAUCCCUGUCGCAGUCACCCUCUCCGCCCCGUUCGGUCACUCCGCCGCCCCCUCCUGCCCCUCCUCCUGCUCCAGAGCUUCCACCGUCGAACGCUGCCGUCAUAUCUCGAGCCCCAGUACGAUACACCCAGCCGCAACCCGCGACCGAGGAGGGAAACAGCGGUGAAGUGGGUAUGGGCUCUGGCGGAGAGUCCGUGGAGGAGCCACGAUCCAGACGCCCUGGUCAAGCUGGCUUUGCGCAUCGCCUCAUGAGCAAGUAUGGAUGGACUGCGGGCACAGGUCUAGGAGCCAAGGAGUCGGGUAUCGUUAAUCCGCUUCGUGUGCAGGUGGAGAAACGUCGCAAGAAAGCAGACGCCGACGGUGGCGGAUGGGCCGAACCUGGAGGCAAGGGCAAGAUAAUCGGCGGCAAGCGAAAAGGUGAAGAGAGCCAGUUUGGGAAGAUGUCGGAGGUCAUCGUCCUCCGCAAUAUGUUGGAGAAUAUGCCCGAUCUUCAAUCCGAGAUUUCCAACGGCCUUGGUCAGGAAAUUGGCGAAGAAUGUGGGGAGAAGUACGGUCGUGUCGAGCGUAUCUAUGUUGACCAGCAGGCCCGUCAAGUGUUCAUCAAGUUCACGGAUCAGGUGUCUGCCCUCCGAGCUGUCAACGAGCUCGACGGUCGCAUAUUCAACGGCAACGCCAUAGUGCCCAGAUUCUACGACACCGACAAAUUCGAGAAGGGAGUUUAUACGAUCGCCUAG